GAAGGAGGAGGCAGCAAAGUAGGCUUGAAUCACCAUCUUAUGGGGACGGAAAUAUUUCUGGCCAUGCCAAGGUUAUGCUGAUUGACUUGAUUAUUCCACUGUGUUCCUAGUUCAGAACAGUUCUUAUUCAAGAACAAGAAGUUACCUUGAUCUUAGCAGAGUCGCUUCAGAGUGUCCCUACCUGCCAAAAAAUUGUUUUUGAUUGCCAUCUAAAUGAACACCUUUCUCUAUUGAACACCAUAUAAAGAGGUUCCUCUUGGCACUGAGCGUCCACAUCUAACAGCCGCUAUGCAGUGCAGUGACACUGCACUCCUUUUCCUCAUCAUGGUAUUAUUUGCACCUUGGUCUAAGUUGCAGGGUUUCUUUGCCUAUACAAAAGAAUCUAUGCCUAGAAAAUGUAGACUCCCUCCAAGACCUGGACGGUGCAAAUUAGAUCUUGAAAAUUAUUACUACGAUUUUAAGGACAGCAUGUGCAAGACGUUCAUUUACGGUGGCUGCGGAGGCAACAGAAAUAACUUUGCAAAUCUCUUUGAUUGCAUUUACGAGUGUGAAAGGUUUGAACUCCUUGUAUCCUGGUCAAGUAUGGGAAUUGAUAUGAAGUGGAGACAAGACCCACCUCAGAAAUGCAAAAAGAGGAAACGUGUAGGAAGAUGCAGAGAGAAAAUUACGCGUUAUUAUUAUGAUGUCAGGAACAAGAGAUGUAUGCCAUUUGUUUAUCGUGGCUGCGGAGGCAAUGAGAACAAUUUUGAGUCUUACUGGGAGUGUUCUGAGAUGUGCGAACCAUUGGGAAGACCUCAAGAUUCUAGAAACCCUGAAGUGAAUCCAGACGCUUUGCUUCCCACAUGCCAACAGCCAUUAGACACAGGGCCAUGCCAUGAAAACUUUCCUCGCUUUUACUAUGAUGCCAAAACCAAGAAGUGUAUACCUUUCCAAUUUGGUGGCUGCAGUGGCAAUAGAAACAACUUUAUGAAUGAAGCAGAAUGCCGUCGGGAGUGUGGAGGCCCUGGUUAACAUUGAAUCCUUGUGCAGAACUGUAUUCAGACUCAUUAACAUAUCAUUUGCUCCUGUGGAAUAAAGGCACCAGAGGAAGCCAGGAAGCCUUUUCCCCCACAGCUUCUUCUAAAGAUGGAUGCCAUUUAUCCUGCUGUAUCAGUCUGCUGGAAUGUCUUUCUUGCUUGCCAAUAAAUUCACCUGUUCUUCCA